AUGGCUGGUGGACCCAAGAAGCAUUUGAAGCGUAUUGCCGCCCCCAAGCACUGGUGCCUGGAUAAGUUGAGUGGCAUCUAUGCGCCUCGUCCGAGUUCUGGUCCGUAUGGCAUGCGGGAGUGUUUGCCGUUGGCCAUCCUCAUCCGUAACCGUCUGAAGUACGCGUUGACUUACGACGAAGUGAAGAUGAUUCUGAUGCAGCGUUUGGUGAAGAUUGACGGCAAGGUGCGUACAGACAAGACGUACCCGUUGGGUUUCAUGGACACGAUUGCGAUUGAGAAGACUAACGAGAACUUCCGUCUCCUCAUCGACACCAAGGGCCGUUUCACGCCCGUGAAGGUUGGAGCCGACGAGAUGGGCUGGAAGCUAUGCCGCGUGCGCAAGCUCCGCUGGGGCCGGAAGAACAUCCCUUAUGCCUACACCCAUGACGGUCGCACUAUCCGCUACGUCCAUCCCAACAUCAAGGUGAACGAUACCGUCAAAAUCGACUUGGCCACCGGCAAGGUACUGGAGCACGUACCCUUCACGUGCGGCGCUCUCGCCAUGGUCACCACUGGCCACUCUGCUGGUCGUGUCGGCAGCGUCGUCGAGGUCAAGAAGACCAUCGGCGCCGUCGAUACCGUCACCCUCAAGGAUGCUCGCGGCGAUACCUUCGCCACCAAGAUCCACAACGCCUUCGUCAUCGGUGGUGAGAAGCCCCUCAUCUCCCUCCCCAAGGGCGAUGGCGUCAAAAAGACUAUCAUCGAAGUCCAAAAGGAACGCCACCUCUAG